AUGCUGUCAUCAGUCCAUUCCAAGGAGAAGCAGACUCUCGAGAGUGAUCUGGUCGACUCCUACCAAACCUCCCGACCAUCCUCAGUUGAGGAAGUUGAAGAAUCAACGCCUCGCGACGAGGAAAAAGGCAUUGAACCUGCAGAGAAGCCCUUCGAUGCACGGUCUACAAAGACAACGGAGUCGAUCAUUCCUCCGCCACCUGAUGGAGGACUACACGCGUGGCUGAAGGUGUUUGGUGGUUUCAUGAUAUACAUCAACAUCUGGGGCUUCACCCUCUCCUACGGCGCCUUCCAGGCGUACUACAAAUCAGACCUGCUCUCGUCUGCCUCUCCAUCCGCAAUAUCGUGGAUCGGCACCGUGCAAGGCUGGCUGCUAAUCUUCUUCGGCGUCUUGUCCGGGCCGCUAUUCGAUCUGGGCUAUUUCCGCGUCAUGCUCAUCGUGGGCAACUUUUUGGUCGUGUUCGGUAUCAUGAUGCUCAGCUUGAGUACACAGUACUGGCAAGUCUUUCUCAGCCAGGGAGUAUGCAUGGGUCUUGGAGCGGGGCUACUGUAUAUUCCGAGUCUGGCAUUGGUGGGGAUCUGGUUUGACAAGAAGAGAGCGAUUGCAAUGGGCAUCGUUAUGAGUGGAAUUGCCGUUGGCGGUGUUGUUUACAUCAUAAUGUUCGAUCGGUUGUUGAAGUCGUCUGGCUUCCCGUGGGCUAUGCGCGCUAUCGGCUUCGUUGCGCUCGUUGCAGCACUGCUCUCCAUUCCUGCUCUCCUCAGCGGCUCCGGUGUCCUGGCUACGAAGCGUAAAGCUCGAGCACUGUUUGACAAGACGGCGUACAAGGACAAACUGUUCCUACUUUUCACGUGUUGCUCAUUUUCGACGUUUCUAGGGUAUAUUGUACCAUUCUUCUACAUACCCACGUAUGCCAUGAACAGACUGGGCUUGAGCCAGACUACAGGCCUGUACACGCUGGUCAUGGCCAUCGCAGCAAGUUUUUUUGGGCGUCUGAUAAGCGGAGCUUUGGCGCAGUGGCUGGGACCUAUUGUGACGUGGGCGUUAUGCGCAGGUGCAAGUGCUAUCCUGUCUUUCUGUUGGAUCGUCAUCGAUACGGAGGCAUAUUUUAUCGCUUUCAGUAUACUAUGGGGCUUUUUCUCUGCUGCUCUGGUCACGCUACCCUCCGCAGCAUUUGCAAACAUUACACCGGAUCUUUCGCGACUGGGCACACGUCUGGGCAUGUCAUGGAGCGUGUCAAGCAUCGCGACGCUUAUCGGAGCGCCAAUCGCAGGUGCGCUACUGAAGACGAACGCUGAGGGGCAUCUGGACUUUGUUGGGGUCCAACUAUGGAGUGGUGUGUGCUUGAUGAUAGCAACAGGGUUCCUUUGCGUACUGUGGUUUGUGACGAUGAGAACACAGAAAAAGGGGUGGAGGAUAUGA